AUGCCGCCUUACCUCAUGGAAGAGGAACGGGACGAACCCUGGACCACCAUCCGAUACCGGAGAGGACGUCCUGGGUUCUUGGGUCCGCCGGUUCCUACGUCCUCUCCGGUAUCGGAUGGUGGUCCAGGGCUCGUCCCGUUCCUCUUCCAUGAGGUGGGUCCCUGUCCCUCAUCAGGGUGCAGUCUGGGGGUCCGGGGAAGGAGAGACAGCACCUCCCUUCAGGUCUGGAUGGUGCUGACUGCGUCCUGCAUCAGCACGACCCCUGCACUCGCCAUCCGGAUUCUGUCGUACCUUCAAAAUAAAAUAUGGAAAAAAAACCUUAUUGUUAAUAAUGGGUUAUGCAAAUUAGAAAACUCCUCAGACUCCACAACUUACUUCAAUUACUUUAUUAAAAAUAACUACAAACAAAAUAUCAACCCCAAUCAACCUUAUCAGGAUAUUCGGAUCAUUACAGCCUUCAGAAAAAACAAAAACCUCAAAGAUCACCUCGUUCGCGCCAUCAUCCCCAAACAAUAUCCGGACAAAAGAGAAAUCAAUCAUAACUACUUUAAACAACAACAUUGGAUCAAGAAUCACUGGACUGGACAAAUAUUUCGGACACCCAUACAUGGCAAUAUUGACACCACAAACUGUAUUUAUAUAAUUCUUUGCAAUAACUGUAAUCUAAAAUAUGUAGGGGAAACAGGACGCACCAUCAGAGCCAGAUUCUACACACACAAACAAAACAUCAUUCACAAGAAAAAUACACACAGACACCUCGUCAAACACAUCCUAUCACAUGGGUGGGAGGCCAUCAAGGUCUCCAUUCUUCAGUCAAACCCCCAUUGGACCAUCAAACAAAGAAAAUUCAAUGAAAGACUCUGGAUCACCAAACUCAAAACCACUUACCCCCAUGGCCUUAAUGAGAGGGCACCUCCCCCACAGAGGACAACCGGACCCUAA